GUCCUUUUUUUCGAUGACAGAAGGUUGCGACUGAAGUUGGGUUAAUUAGUGUAUUGGACUUUCAGUCUUGCCAAUGUUGUAGAUCAAUAAUACACCGGUUUGUGUUAUGUUUGGAAAAUUAUUUAAACUUAUUUAUAUACCACUUAGUUACCGGCGUUUACUGCAAGUGAACGAUGAUGUUUUAUUUAUUAACACUAGUAUUGUUUGUGUCUGUUGCAACAUGUGUAGAAAUUGAUCCGUUGGGUUAUAUUUUAUAUUGUCCAUGCAUGGGAAGAUUUGGUAAUCAAGGAGACCAUUUUUUGGGUGCAUUAGGUUUUGCACAUGGACUAAAUCGUACACUUGUUCUUCCACCUUGGGUUGAAUACCGGUAUGGCCAAUCAAAGUCCAUACAAGUUCCCUUUGAUACCUAUUUUAAAGUGGAACCUCUCAAAGUGUAUCAUAAAGUGAUUACAAUGGAAGUAUUUAUGAAAACCAUAGCACCAAUCGAAUGGCCCAAAGACCAACGUAUUUCAUUUUGUUAUAUGAGCAGAGGAGAUUCUGGUAAUUGCAAUGCUAAAGAUGGAAAUCCAUUUGGGCCAUUUUGGGAUACUUUCAAUAUUGAUUUUGUUGGGUCUGAAUUCUAUGGACCUCUACAUUAUGACACAUACCAUCAGGACAUAGCUAAGAAAUGGCAACUCAGUUACCCACCAGCAAAAUGGCCAGUUCUUGCAUUCAGUGGAGCACCAGCAAGUUUUCCUGUCCAGUUGGAAAACAGAGAAUUGCACAAGUACCUGCAAUGGUCUGAUCAUAUAGAAAAUCUUGCAAAUAAUUUCAUAAAGAGGAAUCUGCCUCAAGGGGCUUUCAUUGGUAUUCAUUUGAGGAAUGGCGUGGACUGGGGCAGAGCGUGCAAACACAUUCCAGACAGCCCUAAUCUAUUUGCAGCCCCACAGUGUUUGGGCUACAGAAACGAGCGUGGUAAAGCUACCAUGGACAUGUGCAUGCCCAGCAAGGAAACGAUAAUUCGACAAUUGAAACGAAUUAUUAAAAGCUACAAUAAUGCACCAAACAAAGGACCAAUUCGAGCAAUAUUUGUUGCUUCUGAUAGUAGUCAUAUGAUUGAAGACUUGAAUCUCGGACUGCAAAGGAUGAAAGUCAAAGCGUACAAAUACGACAACGCUACACCGCACGUUGACCUAGCUAUAUUAGCGAAAUCCAAUCACUUCGUUGGAAAUUGCAUAUCAUCUUACAGCGCAUUUGUUAAACGUGAAAGAGAUGCGAAAGGGUUCGCUUCUAGCUUUUGGGCUUAUCCUAUUGAAAAGAGCAGCACCCAUGACGAAUUAUAAAUCACAUUUCAUUUACACAAUAGUAUUACAUUAACAUUUAAAUAAAUAAAUAAAUGUAUUUAUUAAUAAA